AUGGUCGUCAAACUCUUCGUCUACGCUGCCGUCGCAGUAGGGUUGACAUAUCUAGCCCUCAUAUUCCCAAGGCUUCAACAAGAAUACAAACUUUGGUCCCAUCGGUCUCAACUACCCCCCGGCCCAAAGACUAUCAAAACAGGCAUCCGAAAACCAUGGCUCUGGUUCCAGGAACUCAGCCAGCAAUAUGGAGACGUUGUCUACCUUCAACUCGGACCCACGCCAACCAUCAUUCUUGGUUCCGCACAAGCAGCAUGGGAUCUCCUCGAGAAGCGCGGCGCAGUAUUCUCAUCACGACCGCGCUUUAUUAUGGGUGGUGAAUUGCUGUCUGGUGGUAUGAGGGGUCUCAUGGCGCCGUAUUCGUCGUAUUGGCGACGCUGGAGGAAGCUACUCCACAGUGGCUUCAUGCAACGGCAGAGUGAGACGUAUCGACCUAUCCAGAGUCUUGAGAGUAAGGUGUUGAUGCAAGAGCUUCUGAAGACACCUCAGGACUUUAGAACACAUCUGGAAAGGUAUGCUGCGAGUGUGAUUGUUACGGUUACUUAUGGUAGGAGAGUCGAGGAUGUGAGGAGUGAUAUUGUGGUAAAGCGAAAUGGGGAAGCCAUGGAGCGUCUGACAAUGGUCAACAUCCCUGGAAAGUAUGCGGUCGAGCGUUAUCCCGCUCUCAAGUAUAUACCCAGUUUUCUUGCCCCGUGGAAACAGCAAGUGCUGCAGCAACGCGAAAAGGAUAUCCAACUUUACACAGAACUCAUGAAUGAAGUGCGGGAAAAGGUUGCAAAAGGUGCCGCACCGACAUGUUUUGCCAAACACCUCCUCGAAGAGCAGCAUAAUCUUGGCAUGACUGAUCUUGAAAUCGCUUAUACUGCUGGAUCACCUUUCGGCGCCGGUGUUGAGACAUCCGCUGGAUCCCUUGCAAGCUUCCUUCUUGCCUGCGUCAAAUUCGGACCUCAGUUCAUUCCCAAAGCCCAAGAAGAACUUGAUCGUGUGGUUGGAAAUGACCGACUUCCCACGUUUGAAGAUUUACCCAAGCUUGAGUAUGUUAGAGCCAUUGCAUCUGAGACUCUUCGCUGGAGACCUGUAGCUGUGCUUGGUGGGACACCUCAUGCAAGUACAGCGGAUUAUGUAUACAAGGGCAUGUUCAUUCCGAAAGGAAGUACGAUUAUUGCUCCUCUAUGGACACUUCAUCUAAACGAGGCCGAUUUUCCACAACCGCAUGAGUUCAGACCUGAGAGGUUCAUGGAAGAGAGAGACUACCCCGGCACACUUGGUCAUAGCGCCUUUGGCUGGGGACGUCGCGUUUGUCCCGGAAUGCAUCUCGGCGCUGCAUCAGUUACACUCAACAUUGCGCGAAUUCUCUGGGGCUUCGAAAUUAACCCUGAGAAAGACGAAAAGGGCCGGGAUAUUGAUGUCGAUAUCUUCGCUUACUCAGAUGGCUUCAACUCGAGUCCGUUACCGUUUCCUUGUUCAAUCACACCUCGUUCUAAGAAUCAUUCUGAGGUUAUUGAGAAGGAACAUGAAAAUGCGUUGAAUGACUUGGUUGAGUAUACUGCUGUUACGAGCAAGGUAUCUUGA